GAAGAAGGCUGGAGUCACUGAGGGAGGGUGGAGGGGGAGAAAAGGCGGAACAAACCGGUGCGCUCGGAUACAAGCUGUAGCGUCUCGCCCGCACUGCAGAUUAACUCUUACCGCGCCGGGAAGACACAGCUGGAUUCGGAAAGGACUGGGAUAGCUUCCUCUUUCCAAUGAUCACCUAACCACCCUUCAGCCUGUGAUUACUGUUCCUUUGAGGCACAAGAGCUCUUCCUAAACUCAGGUUAUUUCUCAACCUGUCACAUAAAGAGCUUGUGGACUGCAGCCAGACUCUGUGGAGAUGGGACAAAACAAAGGGAUGUACCAGGUGGACGCUGAUUGAGAGAAGUGCUUCUAACCCUUAUGUUGGUUGUUUUACAAAAGUUGAACAACAUGCAACUGCUGAGCAAGCUUUGAACGUCACCAUACCUCUAGGAACUACCACUUUCUCACAUAUGCUGACGUGGGCUUACAGUAGCCACACAUUUCUGUGUGUAUGUUUGCUUUACAGCAUCUUGGCAAGUAUCUAAACACAAGAGGGAGCGUCGGGUCUUGCCUCAUUUGCCGGAGAGGAUUUGUAGAGAACAUCCUUCUGUUUCCGCAUGCAGAAUAUCCUUGAUCAGAACUUAGACAUGGCCACAGCGCUACUUGCUGGCGAGAAGCUGAAGGAGCUUAUCAUGCCAGGCUCCUCUCAGGAUGAGAAGGGUGGGGCACUGGCUGGCCUUAUGGUGCAGCUCAAACUGGAGCUGCCAUUUGAUCGGGUUGUUACUAUAGGGACAGUCAUCAUCCCCAUCCUGUUGGUCACACUUGUCUUCACAAGAAACUUUGCAGAGGAAUCUAUAUACUGUUACACACCGCACAACUUCACCCGAGACCAGGCACUUUAUGCGAGGGGCUACUGCUGGACAGAGCUUCGUGAUGCUAAUCUUGGAGUGGACCUGUUUGAACAUAAAUUCCUGCCCUAUGCCCUCCUUGCCUUUGCUGGGAUCAUGUACAUUCCUGCCUUAGGUUGGGAGUUCCUUGCCUCUACGCGGCUAACUUCAGAGCUCAAUUUCCUGCUUCAAGAGAUUGAUAACUGCUACCACAGAGCUGCUGAGGGCAGAGCCCCCAAGAUUGAGAAGCAGAUUCAGUCCAAAGGCCCUGGUAUAACUGAACGGGAAAGGAGAGAGAUUAUAGAAAAUGCAGAGAAGGAGAAAAGUCCAGAGCAAAAUCUUUUUGAAAAAUACCUUGAGAGACGAGGCGAAAGUAACUUUUUGGCUAAGAUUUACCUAGCUCGCCAUCUAGCUAUCAUGUGCCUCAGUUCUAUUCCCAUUUCCUACCUGAGUGCAUACUAUGCACGGCAAAGGCAGAAUGAGUUUACUUGUUCACUAGGCCAGCCCCCAGACAUCAGCAGCUACCCAGAGUUGAAGCUUAAUGUCAACUGCAAGCUCCCUGCUGUGCAGCUGCAACGUAUCAUGGCUGUGGUGGACUUAGCCCUGCUAUGUACUAUGAACUUCAUCAUCCUGCUUAACUUGUUGCAUUUGUUUGUGGUGCGCAAGUCUAAUUUUGUGUUUGACAAACUUAAUAAAGUCGGGAUCAAGACAAAGCGACGAUGGCAGAAGUCUCCGUUCUGUGACAUCAACAUUCUGGCCAUGUUCUGUAAUGAGAACAGGGACCACAUUAAGUCUCUCAACCGACUGGACUUCAUAACUAAUGAGAGUGAUCUCAUGUAUGACAAUGUGGUCAGGCAACUGUUGGCUGCACUUGCACAGUCCAACCAUGACGUCACACCUACUGUGAGGGAAUCUGGGAUACAGACCAUUGAUCCCAACAUGGACCCUUCAGAUAUUGGGGUAGGAGAGAUAGCUGGGGAGCCGCUGGUCAUCAAACGUCCCCGAAAGAAGAUCAAAUGGAUACCAAGCUCAAACCCUCUUCCUCAGCCAUUUAAGGAGCCGCUCACUAUGACCCGCUUGGAGAAUAACACUAAGCCUGAAAAGCCCAAACCACUCAGACGGAAAACCAUGGCAGACAGCCUCAUUGCACCACUGCUGGACAGUAAAAGCACACAGCAUCCUUCAACUAAAGACAUCAGUGGAAUGGAGAAGAAACAUGCACGAAACCUGUCUCUGGAUAUCCACCCGUACAUGCUGACAAGCCGCAAGCCAAAGGUGGAGGUCUCAACCGUUGAACCACUACCAUCAGAACACAACAUGGAUACUGUUUACCUAGAAGGCACUCACACUAUUGUUCAUGUCUCCUGUGCCAUGACAGAGCCUAAGAUUAGUUCCCCAGUAUCAACCACUGCUGCCUUUUCUACAGUAACUCUGCCCUCCACUACAUAUGUGAAUGGAGUGAGCCCCAACCCUCCCUCUAGUGAAGACGCACUCAGUCCCAAGUCAUCCCCUGCACUUAUGGAGCCUCUUGCUCCAGCUGACAACACUGAGCCACCUCUCCUGACCAAAGUCCCCACAAGCAAGCUACGGAACAUUCAUCACACCCUUUUUGAAGAAGAAGAGGAUGAAGAAAAUAGGAGAGGCCGGUUGGGAGAAAGACCUGGGGAGCUCAUUGCUGCUGGAGAAUGUUGAAAAGUACACCAUACACUCAACAAAAGUAUAAAAGCCACACUUUUGGUUUUGCUCUCUUUUUUUAUGAGGUUGACUCAAAGAUUUAAAACUUUUUCCACAUACACAAAUUUACAAUUUCCCUCAAAUAUUGUUAACAAACCAGUCUUAAUCUGUGAUAGUUAGUACUUCUCCUUUGCUGAGAUAAUCCAUUUAUAUCACCAUGAUUAGUGCAGAGGUGCGCCUUAGAGUGCCCACAAUAAAAGACCACAAUUAGGUGCAGUUUUGUCACACAGCACAAUGCCACAGAUGUCGCCAUGGAUGAUGGAGCAUGCAAUUGGCAUGCUGACAGCAGGAAUGUCAACCAGAGCUGUUGUUUGUGUAUUGAAUGUUAAUUUCUCUGCCUUAAGUCAUCUCCAAAGGCAUUUCAGAGAAUUUGCCAGUACAACCAACCAGUCUCACAAUUGCAGACCACGUGUAACCACACCAGCCCACGACCUCUACACCCAGCAUGUUCAACCUCCAAGAUUGUCUGAGACCAGCCACUUGGACAGCUGCAGAAACAAUUGGUUUACAUAACCAACGAAUUUCUGCACAAUCUGUCAGAAACCGUCUCAGGGAAGCAUAUCUGCAUGCUUGUUGCCCCCAUCGGGGUCUCCGUCUGACUCCAGUUCAUCGUCAUAACAUACUUGAGCCGGCAAAUGCUCACAUUCACUGGCGUCUGGAACGUUGGAGAGGUGUUCUCUUCACAGAUGAAUCCUGGUUUACACUGUUCAGGGUAGAUGGCAGACAGCGUAUGUGGCCUUGUGUGGAUGAGCGGUUUUCUGAUGUCAAUGUUGUGGAUUGAGUGGCCCAUGGUGGCGAUGGGGUUAUGGUAUGGCCAGGCAUCUGUUAUGAAAGGAAAAAAAUAGGUGCAUUUCAUUGAUGGAAUUUUGAAUGCACAGAGAUACUGUGACGAGAUCCUGAGGCCCAUUGUUGUGCAAUACAUCCAAAAACAUCCCCUCUUGAUGCAGCAGGAUAUUGCAUGGCCCCGUCUUCCAAGGAUCUGUGCACAAUCCUUGAAAGCUGAAAACAUGCCAGUUGUUACAUGACCGGCAUACUCACCGGACAUGUUACCCAUUGUGCUUGUUUAGGAUGUUCUGAAUUGGCGUAUACGACAGCGUGUACCAGUUCCUGCCAAUAUCCAGCAGCUUCACACAGUCAUUGAAGAGGAGUGAACCACCAUUCCACAGUCCAUUUGGCAUCCUGUUCAACCCUAUGUGAAGGAGACGUGUUGCACUUCCCACCAAUAAAAUAAAACUGUACCUUUCAGAUUGGCCUUUUAUCAUGGGCAGUCUAAAGGCUGAUUUAUACUCAGAAACCAGGUCAUCUGUGUGU